AUGGAUGAGGCCAAGCUGCAACGCAUGCAGAAUGCAGUCCGCAUUGGUAUAGGAAAGGGCACCCCGAGACGAAAGGUCAAGAAGGUCCACAAGAGCUCCGGCACCGACGACAAGAAGCUGCAGACCACUCUUAAGAAGAUGAACGUCCAGCCAAUUACGGCCAUUGAGGAGGUGAACAUGUUCAAGUCCGACGGCAAUGUCAUCCACUUCUCUGCUCCAAAGGUCCACGCCUCUGUCCCCGCCAACACCUUCGCCAUCUAUGGCGCUGGCGAGGACAAGGAGCUGACCGAGUUGGUCCCCGGUAUUCUCAACCAGCUCGGCCCAGACUCGUUAGCCUCCCUGCGAAAGCUGGCCGAGAGCUACCAGAGUCUGCAGAAGAGCGGCGAGGGAGAGGAGGGCAAGAAGGAUGACGAUGACGACGAGAUACCUGACUUGGUCGAGGGCGAGAACUUCGAGACCAAGGGCGACGUCGAGUAG